GAUGAAAAACUUGUCGUGUUUUAAUUAAUGUGAAAAAUUUUAACUGUUGUGAGUAUUAUUCUGCUUGAAUAUUGUGAUAUUAGAAUUUAAUUAAACGUUUGUCGAUUGUUGGCGCUUUUUUCUCCUUGACAACACUGUCACGAAAAUGUCCAAAACCUCCGAAUUGCGCCACUCCGAUCGCCCCCAGAGCUCGCGCGACUUGAGUCUUUUGACCAAUCAGGAGCUCGACCAAUUGCGCAAGUCCAACGCCACGGUCAGACUCUCGCGAUGGGAGGCUCUGAAGCUGUUUUUCUACAACAGCGAGGAAGGGACGGUUUGCUACCGAACUGGCACGAGUUGGCUUUUCAUAAUGACGUUUUAUCCGCUAUUCGUCUGUUUCAUCGGGUGCCUCUUCUACGCCACGAUGCUCCUUAUGGUUUUCUGCAUUACGAUGUAUGCCAAGCGACCUGUGAUUAACAAAAACUCGCUCACGAAAGAGCCCACUUAUUUCUGAGUUGUGUCAAAAUGCGCUUUUUGAAAAACGUCCCGAGCACCACUAGCACCAAAAGCGAGUUUUAUUUCCAACGCAAGCCUGAAAAAAUCCCCAAAUGUGAAGCUUUCAGGAAGUAUUUGUUCAAUUGGGAGGAAGGCACCGCUUGCAACCGAACCCCCAAGAGCUGGUGUCUCUUGCUCAUAUUUUACGUUUCAUUUUUGGUGAUCAUCUACAGUUUGUUCUUCGCAAUGGUGUUCGGGGCUAUUGCCACUAUUGACUUUUUCACAAACGGGACUUUACACAAUGUUACAAUAAAAAAUCCCAAUUAA